CCUGUGAACUCCUUGAGGGUAUUGUCUGUUCCUGCAACGCUUAAGGUCCAGAACUUGAAAACUGCUGCCUAAAAGCACAUAUGGUUUUGUGUGUGCUUGUGUGAGGCAAUGAAUAUCUGCAAAUAUACCAAAUCCCCGGCCUUGGCAAAGUCUGCGAAGUAUUUCAAUAUAUUUUACUGUGUACAAGCAUUUCAUUUUAUCACCUGCUAUAAGUACUCCAGUAGGAGCUGGUAGAAGACCACUUUCACCCACAAAAUGUAAACAGUAAUUUCGUCUCAAGCUUACAACUGAGGGAUACUUCAGGCUUUCAACAUUAAUAUACAAGACUGCUUUUUAAAGUUCUGAGCUGAAGCAGUGGUGAACUUGUGACCACAGGGUUUUCUCCUGUGUGGAGUUUGAAGGACUAAAUGUGAACCAAAGCCCUUGCUGGAGUAGGGGAGUGAUCUCUGUUAAGCUUAUUAGCAUGGAUAUAACCUAAAGUGACUUGGUAUUUAUGAGGGAAGAUUCCGUUCCACAAAAAUGUUUAAUCUUUAAAUCCAGCAAAAUGAUUCAUUAGAGGAAGCCAAGUUUGCAGUUCAAAGAUUUCAUACUGAAGGAUGAAUAGUGAAGAGGAGUUCUUUGAUGCCGUUACGGGCUUCGAUUCCGACAAUUCUUCAGGAGACUUUUCAGAAACCAAUCAUAAAGUUGCAGAAAUGCUUGAUCUGGAUCCACCCCAAAACAAUAGGACUGGAAGACACAAUGGAGAGAGGCAGCUCCAAGAGAAUGGAAUUAAGAAACACAGAACAUUGUUACCGGCCCCAAUGUUUUCUAGGAGUGAUUUCAGCGUGUGGAGUAUAUUAAAAAAGUGCAUUGGACUGGAGCUGUCUAAAAUUACAAUGCCUAUUGUCUUUAAUGAGCCACUGAGCUUCCUCCAGCGGAUAACCGAAUACAUGGAACACAUAUACCUCAUUCAUAAAGCUAGCAGUCAUGCGAACCCCCUGGAAAGAAUGCAGGCUGUAGCUGCUUUUGCAGUUUCUGCAGUAGCUUCUCAGUGGGAGAGAACUGGCAAACCAUUUAACCCUCUACUAGGAGAAACCUAUGAAUUAAUCAGGGAGGAUUUAGGCUUUAGGUUUAUAUCUGAACAGGUCAGUCACCACCCACCUGUUAGUGCAUUUUAUUCUGAAGGCCUCAAUAAGGACUUUGUUUUUCAUGGAUCAAUCUACCCCAAAUUAAAGUUCUGGGGGAAAAGUAUAGAAGCAGAGCCCCGUGGAACAAUUACUUUGGAGCUUCUAAAACACAAUGAAGUUUACACGUGGACAAACCCAACCUGUUGUGUACAUAACAUAAUUAUAGGUAAACUGUGGAUAGAACAAUAUGGAACAAUAGAAAUUGUAAAUCACAGUACUGGAGAUAAAUGUAUCCUUAAUUUUAAACCAUGUGGACUGUUUGGGAAAGAGCUUCACAGAGUAGAAGGUCACGUUCAGGACAAAAACAAGAAGAAGCUCUCUGUGAUCUAUGGCAAAUGGACAGAAUGCUUAUGGUGUAUCAAUCCUGCCACAUAUGAUGUUUCUAAAAAGAAUGAAAAGAGAGGUGGUGACCAGAAGAAAAUGAAGCCGAGCGAAGAUGCUGGGAAUGAUGAGGCCGAUGAUAUGCCAGAGAUCCAAGAGACUGUGCAAGUCAUACCAGGCAGUAAGCUGCUUUGGAGAAUAAAUUCUAGACCACCAAACUCAUCACAGAUGUACAAUUUCACCAGUUUUGCUGUGAGUCUCAAUGAGCUGGAAACGGGCAUGGAAGCAGUUUUAGCUCCCACUGAUUGUCGUCUACGUCCAGAUAUCAGAGGCAUGGAAAAUGGAGAGCUGGACCUGGCUAGUAAAGAAAAAGAGAGACUAGAAGAGAAACAAAGAGCCGCUCGUAAGGAACGUGCAAAAGAUGAAGUGGAAUGGAGGACAAGAUGGUUUCAUCAAGGCAAUAACCCAUACACUGGAACGUCAGACUGGUUAUAUUCAGGCGGAUACUUUGAUAGAAAUUUCUCAGACUGUCCAGAUAUAUAUUGAAAUCUCUGAACUCAUCACUCCAUCUCAUCUGGACAUCUAGUUGUUAAAUUUCAAUCUAUGCUGGUUAUUCUGGUUUUGUUAAUAGCAAAAAACAGCUUUUCUAAAGUAAAUUUUAAUGAAAAUUGUAUCAUUCACCAAUCAAGGAUUUGUCAUUAAUUUUGAUUGCCAAAUAUUUAAAUGCUAUUACAUUCUUUCCAUAAAGCUUUCAUCUGAAAUCAUCAUGUUUUCACUAAGCUUUAAAAGGGACUUCGGUUGCCUUUUUUGUCCUUUUUGGGUCUGUCGAAGGUAUGCUGUAGCCAAUAGAGUUUACAGCACCCUUUUAAUUAUAUAACUGAGAAAAAAUAGCAGUGAUAUCCUUGUUACUUCACUUAGUACAGCAUUAAAGAAUCUAACUAUCCAGAACUUGGAACAAUGGUAAAUUAGUACGGUACAAACAUGAUCAAAUUGGGCAGAGUCAGCGUUCCCUGUGAAGAGAUGUAUGCAACGUUUUCAAAUGGUAAGCAGAGCUGAAGAGAUUGGCACUCCUGGUCUAUAUCAGUAUAAUUCGGUAACUUAAAAGCUUGAAUAAACACAACGUUAGGCUUACUGCAGUUUGAAAAACUGCUACUCUGAAUUCUCUUUGGGCACUGUGAGCAUUACUUAAACUAUAUACCUAUGAUGACAAUUACAUAAAACCUUGUGUGUUGGGGGAUGGGAAGGGUGCAUUAAUAAACAUCCGCUUUUCUAAAAUAAAACGUUAAAUACAGUAAGCUUCAGAGAGAUUUGUAGAAACAUGGACAUUGUUGUUAGUGUAAGAUAACGAUAUAUUGCUUGCUACCACUAGGAGGCUUGGGUCUCCAGCACUACUUUAAGCAGCUUAGGCACUAUUUAUGCUUCUAAACUGACUUUUCUUUGGAAGCACUCAGUAUAUAUCCACAGAUGGUCUUAUUUGUGUUUAGUUUUAUUUUGUUUUUUUGUGCAUGUUCUGAAGCAUUACUGGUAACAUCUGGUUGUAUGUUGUAAAAAAAACAAACCCCCAAUCCGUUUAAAGCUAAGUGGCGUAACUAAAGUUAUUUUAAAAAUAGUAUUAGGUAUAAUCUCUGUAACCACUUGCAGUCAUAGAAAAUGGAUUUAUUUUUGUUGUCAAAGCAUAUAAUAUUGGAACGAUUUGAACUGCAAAUCAGUUGACGGUAUCUAUAAAUGUAUGGAGUUAAUUGUUAAAGUGGUACAUUUCUGAGAAUGGGAGGGGGCUUAAACAAUUAGGUUUAGAAAUUAAGCCAAUGUUAAUAGUUGUUCAUUCUUUUGAAAGCUCAAUUUAAUAACCAAUAGAAACUGGCUAUGUUGCUGAUAAAUUUACAGUAAUUCAGAGAUUGCAUAUUAAACACCAGCAUUUCUUUGCGUAUUCAUGAAAGAAUCAGUCUGAUUUCCAAAUUCAUUUGAGGAUGUGUACUUGUGACUUCAUCCAAAGACUAGGUUUUGAAGUGCAUUUACCAGCUAGAAGAAAAAUGAAAAAUAAACAAAAUCCAAGAGAAACAUAUUUCUUUCAUAUGAAAUUAUGCACUCAAAGAUGGGAGAUUUAUAUUUGUUACAUUUUAGUACAUUUUGUUCAUCUUUCCAGUGAAGAAGGUAAGCUGUGAAGGUUCAGGGCAAUUAAGGCACAAUUCUGAAAUAUGUAACUGUAUCCUGUUGUCAGCAAUCAACUUUGUUGACCUUCAAGUCUCUUGGACAUCCAGGCUAGUCUUGAUCUUGUUUAUAUUGGUGAGUUAGAUUAAAAAUAUUCACUCCUGAUUUAAGUACAUUGGCAAUUCUGAUUUUUAUAAGGCAUAACUAAUGCAUAUGGCAACUUAAACUACUUUUGAUCUGCUUUUUUUGUAAAAUUAAACCUAAAAGGUUAAUAUUUCACAUACUUUAAGCCCCUUCAGUUUUCUUGCACAUAGAUGUUAACAUAAGGAGCACUGUACAAAGGUAUCAGUGAAAACAGUGAAGGGACUCAAGUUUUAAGCCAUUUUUGUAAUGUUUCAUGAAUAAAUCUUGUUUAAACUAAAUACUUAAGUUUGUUCAUUGUUACAGUGCUGCUUUAAUACACAUACAUAUACAUAGAAAGUCACUAGAAUGAAAAAAAUGCUAUAAUUGAUUUUUAAAAAUCCUAUUUAUAAAUAAGAUGUACAGGUGGGAAAUCUUUUAAUUCUGAAUCACAGCCUAAGUUCAGUAGGUCUAAAAAUAUUUUCAUUAUGCAAAAAUCAGUUUUUUAUUUGAAAAAGGCUAUGGAGGCACACUUAAUCCAAACUGCAUUGUAUCAGUCUUUAUAGA